UGUUCAGGGUGAGGUCCUAAUGCUCAGCCACUCAGUCCUGAAUGCAUACCACCUGGUGGGAGAAACAGAAAAAAAAAAACCAAGCCAGCCAAACACCCCAGCCCACAACACAGAACUUGAUAAACUUAACAAAAAUAAUCUGCAUAAAAAAAGAUUCAAUCUUCUACUAUCCAAUGAGCCACCAAGUUCAGUCAUAUUUAACAAUAUGCUCAAAUCAUUCACAUAAAUAUUGAAAAGUCUGUAACCUCUAGUUAAAUGCAUGUUUGGAAUCCUCCACAACUUUUCUCAGUACAGUAAGAAAAUAUGUAAAGCCUUUAUCGGAGUUAAAGAGUACACACAUGCACACCCUUUUCUUUUACAAGAUGAAAUGAUUUGUCAUUGUGUGCUUGGACUUUGCCCCGGUGGCGAUUUGAGGUGGACGGCUUCACGUCACAUAAAAGGAGCAGCAGCGGACGGCUGCAGCUGUGCGUCUACACUCCAGGACACGGGACCUGAGGUUUUACAAUGUACGGACACAAUCAAGGAAACCAGUAUUCACCUGGAGGAUGCCCUCAGUAUCCACCAGGCAUGGCCCCACCACCCACCUGCCCUCCGGGGCCACAUGGAGGCCACGGACCUGGGCCGGUUUGCGGACAAGGACCUGGGCCGGGUUGCGGACAAGGACCUGGGCAUGGAGGUGACUGUGGCCACGGUCACGGUCAUGGCCACGGCCACAAGCAUGGCCACGGCCACGAGCAUGGCCACGGACACGGUGGUGGCUGUGGGCACGGCUAUGGGCAUGGCCAUGGGCACAAGCACAAGCACAAGCAUGGGCACAAGCAUGGACACUGUCACAAGAAAGAAAAGGACUGUCACGGGUCCUCCAGCAGCUCCUGCAGCAGUGACUCUGACUAAAUGAAUAAAACUGGUGGAAAAGUUCAUCCUCCUGCUGAAGAAAUUCACCACUGUUCUACUCACAUUUUUGGAUGUUAACAUGAAAUCCUUAAAAACAUCUUUUAACAGGUGGAUGCAUAUUUCUGAUUAAAAGCUAUUAAACUGAA